AUGAAUUCGUUCUCGGCAGACAGAGACAUCUACCUGAAAAUCGGGAAAAGUCUUCUGGACCGUCAUUCGUCAGAACUUUCGGCACAAUUGGCGGUAUUUCAAUCGGCACUCGUGAAUUUUGCGGCUGAGAACGCAGCCACAAUCAAGAAAAACCGUGAGUUUCGUGAUAAGUUCACAAAAAUGUGCAAUCUGAUUGGCGUUGAUCCCCUCGAGCUCUUGCUAUUUGUUGACUCGUCGCUGAAAAAGACAGACGACUUUUACAUGGGUUUAGCUGUGCGUAUCGUUGAGAUUUGUCAGUCGACUCGAGACAUAAAUGGCGGCUUGAUUUCUCUCAAGGAACUUCAUUCAAGACUCCAAGACACUUUUACCGUACCCCUUCAAAUAAAGGAAGAAGACGCCAGUGCUGCGUUGCGAUUUUUGGAUGGUUUGGGCAAAGGUUACGAGACAUUGACCAUCAGUGACCAACUCUGGGUUAAAUUCUCAGGCCCAGCAGGUUCAGGCGCCAUAUCUUAUGACGAACGUAAGAUCUAUGAGCUAUGUACAUUCACUGGUGGAUUUGUCACUCACAGAUUGCUCAGAGAUAACUAUGGCUGGGACCAAGUAAGAGCAAAAUCUGUAAUCGAUGAUAUGAUCCGAAGUGGUUUGCUUUGGGUCGAUUCGCAGGGCCCUGGUGGCCAGUGGCAGUAUUGGGAACCUUCAUGGAUUUCGCAGGAUUAG